ACACUUCCUAGAGCCCUGCCUGCUCAAAUAAGCUGAUUAGUCGGGGGAGAUGGCCGGAGAGACAGAUGAUGAGAUCCCUGAAUCCGGAGCGGUCUUCACUUUUGGAAAGAGUAAAUUCGCAGAUAAUGCCCCCAGUAAAUUCUGGUUAAAAAAUGAUGUACCUUUGAGAAUUUCCUGUGGAGAUGAGCACACAGCACUGGUGACAGAAAAUGGGAAGCUGUUUAUGUUUGGCAGCAAUAACUGGGGACAGCUGGGCCUCGGAACAAAGACCACUGUGAAUAAACCCACUUGUGUGAAAGCCCUAAAAUCAGAGAGGGUGAAGCUUGCAGCUUGUGGAAGAACUCACACACUUGUUUAUACAUCCCGUGGUAACCUGUAUGCCUCUGGAGGGAAUAAUGAAGGACAGCUCGGCCUCGGUGACUGUGAUGACAGAACUUCUUUCCACCUGGUGGACUUCUUCAGCAAACAUGAACCAGUCAAAAUGCUCGCUGCUGGUUCCAAUACCUCUGCUGCUCUGACGCAGGAUGGCAGGCUCUAUAUGUGGGGCGAUAACUCAGAGGGACAGAUUGGAUUGGGGAAAGAGAGUAAUGCACUGAAUCCUCGGGAGGUUUCUGUGGGGAAACGAGUGUCCUGGGUGUCCUGUGGAUAUUAUCAUUCUGCCUUUGUUACUGUGGAUGGGGCCUUGUACACAUUUGGAGAGAAAGACAGUGGGAAGCUGGGCUUGUCCACAGAGAAGCUGGCCAGUCAUAAAGUGCCUCAACAGGUGACCGGCAUCUCUGAUAAGGUGGUACAGGUAUCCUGUGGAGGAGGGCACACCGUGGCGUUUACAGAGCACGAGGUGUAUUCGUUUGGCCUGGGUCAGUUUGGACAGCUCGGCCACGGCACUUUCAUAUUUGAGUCACGUUUACCCAGAGUGGUUGAGCAUUUCAGGAGGGGCAGAGUUAAGCAUGUGGAGUGUGGAGAGAACCAUACACCACAAAACUCCUAUUUUGAUUUCAUGGCAUCUGCAAACAGUGUGUGUGUUUUUCAGGUUACUUGUGGUGGGUGUCACAUGCUUGUGUUGGCAAAACCUAGGCCCGAAGGGUCUGAGGAUUUGAUCUUAGAGGAGGAUGACGUCACGGAAGACUACUUUGAGAAGUCCUAUACUGAAUUACUGGGGGACACACACAGUCAGACCACCCUGAACAGCAGUCUCUCGGCUCGGGUCAGACGCAGAGAACGGGAGCGUUCACCAGAUCAGUUUGGACAGAUGUUUAGAACACUUCCAGCCCUGGGCGGAAAUCAGCUGAGUGCAUCUUUAUCUGUUCCCAGCCAGAUCCAUCACUCCCAUAGGAAACAACCAGGAAAGAUCCCUCACAACAGCCUCAAAAUUCCUGGAAGGAGAGAGAAGUCUCUCGAUGACCGAAGCAGUGUGAAGGAUAGCGAGAGUUUAAAAGACCUCGGAGAAACCACUGACUUAUUAAACCUGACUCACAUAAUGAAGAUGGACCCUAGCGAUAAGACCCUCACAUUGUCUCCUAUGGAGAAGAAGAAAGUUAAGGUUGUGAAAGAGCACGGUAAGGAGAAGGGGAAGCCAAGAGAUGACCCUGCCCUUUAUAGAAAGAGGGCAGAGCUUUUAGCUCGCAAAGCUCUUCCGACUGAGUUACUUAGAAGCUCAAGUGGUAGCUUAGUAGUCGGGGACAGUCUUGGGUCAGGGACCCCCCACAAGAGCCCUAAGAGACAUGGUCAGGAUAAGGAAAAUGUACUUAUUGCUUUGGAGGACAGAAGGCCUGCACAUCACCAAGCUGCUAGAAGUAAUAUCAGAAUGGGGACGGACAUAAGCAGAGCUGGAUCCAAAUCCUUCCAGCCCAAACACAAACAGCUGAUAAAGUCAAGGGAUAGAGUCACAGGGAAAGACGCUGGGAAUAAAGUACAGAUGCUUGAGAAGGAACAUUCAAAGGUAGAGGCUGAAAGCAAGAAGGUUGCUCACAAAUCAAAAGGAAGUACCAAAUCAAAACCAAACCAAGAAGGUAAAACAAAACCCAAAGAUAGUCCAUUGGAAGUCAGUAGCCAGUCUCAAAAGGUUGUGGGGAAAGAAAAAGAAGUAAAAAUGAAACCCAUAAUUGUUGUUGAGCAAUAUCUUGAACAGACCAUGCAUAAGGACCAAGAGCCAACAGGUAAGAGGAUCUCAAAAGAGAUUUUACCAAAAGCUCAGAGGCUGAAAGCUGAAAUGAAUGCUGCUAAGACAGAAAAAAAAAGUUUUGUCCCACAGAGCAAAAGGUCAGAUUCAAAAAAAGACUCAAAAAGUAAAAAGACAACACAAGAGGUCUCCACUACUUCACUUUCCUCUUGCCAAGAAGACAUUUCUACAAAAAAGACUAAGAAAUCAAAAGCAGAACAAAGCCAAUUGCUAGUAGAGGACACAAAAAAGGGCCCUACCAUUGUCUCAGAAGCUGCCUUCAAAUCAGAAUCAGUGUCAGAAUCUGAGCAAAUGAAGGAAAAUCCUCUCACCAAGGUGACAUCUUUUCUCCAAGAUGUGGGAAUGGAAAGUCCUGCUCGUUUACUUGGAGAAACAGCAGUCAGUCAGUUCCUUUCCCAGUCCACACUCCAAAAGAUGCCAAAACCUCCUUCAAAACAGAUAACUCUAUCUGAUGUUUCGUCCCUGAGUGAAUCUUUUGAGGUUUCAGGACAAGAGAAGACAAGAGAGGCCAAGAGGACAGCCGUCACCAUCAACGUUAAGGCAGAACCAGAAACUUCAGAUGGGAACUUGGAAAGGACCAGCUCUGAGUCCAAAACCGAUGUUCAUUCUGUGGUGGGAACAUAUAGAAGAAGUGAGGAGGAAGGAGAAGAGGAAUCAGAUGAGGAGGAAGAGGGGGAAAGCGAGGGAUUGGUGAACAGGAGGGAUGAGAGUGAGGAAGUGGAUGACCAAGAAGAGGAAAGUGAAAGCAAGAGCCUAGCAAAUGAUUAUGAGGUUGAUGAUGAUACAACGAUUAAAGCUUCUAGUGAGGAUGAGGAAAGUGAAGAAGAGGAGGAGAAAAGUAAAAGUGAGGCAACUGAGGACGUAGCGAGUGAGGCUGAGGAAGCGGAAAGUCAUGGAAUAGAAGAUGAGGAAGAAGAAACAAGUGAGAUAAGUAGAAAAAGUGAGGAAGAGAGUGGAGAAAAUGAGGAUGAAAGUAAAACAAGUGAAGAGGAGGAGAGUGGAGAAGAUGAGGAUGAAAGUAAAACAAGUGAAGAGGAGGAGAGUGGAGAAGAAUCAGAGGGAAAGAUAGAGAGCAGAAGUGACAGAUCAGAGGAAGAGUCAGAUGAAGAAGAAGAGGAUGAGGAGUCAGAGGAGGAAGAAAGUGAAGUGGAAGGUGACACUGAGGCAGAGGAGGAUGAAGACGGUGAAAAGACUAGCAAAGAAGAGGAGGAAGAUUCAGAAAAGCAGGAGAGUGAGACCGAAGAUGAUGAAGAUGAAGAGGAGAGUGAAAGUGAAGCAGAGGAGGAGGAAAGUGAGGAAGAUAAAGAGGAGAAUGAGGAAAGUGAGGAAGAUAAAGAAGAGAAUGAGGAAAGUGAGGAAGAUAAAGAGGAGAAUGAGGAAAGUGAGGAAGAUAAAGAGGAGAAUGAGGAAAGUGAGGAAGAUAAAGAGGAGAGCGAGGGAGAUAAAGAGGAUGAGGAGGAAGGUGAAAGUGGCGAAGAUGAAGCAAUGAGUGAGAAUGAUGAAGAAGAAGAAGAGAAUGAAAACGAACAGGACAGUAAAGACAAAGAGGAAGAAGAUGAAGAAGAGGAAGAGUCUGAAGAAAGAGAAGAGACAGAAGAAGCAGAGGAUGAGGAGGGGGAAGAGGAAGACAAUCAAGAAGAAGGGGAAGAGGGCAAAGAGGAGGAAGAGGAACAAGAAGAGGAGGAAAAAAAGGCCAAAAGAAAACUUGAAAAAGCCUCCGAAUCCAUCAAACCAAAGUCAAGUGUGAAAACAUCAAAACAGCCGUCAAAAGCCAAACGGGCUCGAGCGCAAGACGAUCAGUCAGAUGAUGAGUCCCAUGAGUCUAAGCAGUUUUGGGAUGAUGUUCUACCUCAGUACCUCAAUCUAAAUCUCUCUGCUCUUCCCUGA